AUGUGUGGCAACUACUAUGGAAGGCAGUGGAUGCCUGCCAACAAGGAUCAAGCAAUAUCAAGAAGUAGUAGGACAAUUACUAUGGGUAUCCAACACAGCAAGACUGGACAUAUCAUACACCAUCAGAACCUUAGCAAGAUACAUGUCAAGUCCGACCAACAGUGCAUGGAAUGCAGCGAUUCACAUAUUGAAGUACCUGAACCAAAUGACUGGGAGGACCAAGCAUACAUAUGGACAAACCUGUUGUUAUGUACACUGGCACAAACUGGGCAUCAGACCCUACCAAUGGAUGCAGGAGUACAUCAGGGGCAGUUACAUACAUGUAUGGGUGUCUGUGUUAUUGGCAGUAGAGGCCAAGUUUAUUGCCACAUUGGAGGCAACAAGAGAAGCACUGUUCUUCUCCUAUCUACUCAGGGAUUUAGGAGUCAAAGGGGUCAAGCCAUUACUACUCACAGACAGCCAAGGAUGCAUUCAGAUCAUGUUCAAGAAGGUGAUGUGGACAUUGACUUUGUCAGAACAGCCAGCAAUGUGGCAGACAUCCUAACAAAACCAUUAAAGGGAGUAGAAAAGACCCAACUAGCUAAGUUGAUAGGAUUGGAGAUGUCAUCGGGAGGGGGAGUUAAAGAUACGACGAAAAUCUCUAAAGUUGCCUAA